AUGGUCAUCCGUACCAUUGGGUACCGGUGUUUUUUCGCCAAGAAGCGUGACCAGAAUGGUCGCGUGGUGCGCUUCAAAGCGCUAUUGGUGGCGAAAUGUUUCAAGCAGAAGAACGAAGUGAACUUGUUUGAAACGUACUCUCCAAUGGAACAGUUGGAUGCUGAAACAGCGUUUCUCAACAGCGAGUCGGAGGACCGUGUCGAAAUGGAGGUACCUCUAGGCGUUGAGAACACCCAGGACUAUGUGGUUCCAGGGAAAAAGGCCAUUUAUGGAUUGAAGCAAGCUGCAAGUGCCUGGAGCAAGAGCAUUCAUCGUGUAAUUCUUGACUACGGUUUGAAAAGCCGUGGUGCGAACCUAUGCUUCUAUGUAAAGCGCUCCAAGAACAGUUUUAUAUACGUCUGCCUCUACGUCGAAAUUAUGAUCAUAGUGGCGAAGACUAGUGAUAAAAUCAGUGACGUGAAGGCCAAACUAAAAAAGGCCUUCAAGAUGAAGGAGCUUAGACCGGAGAAAUUUUUUCUAGGAAUGGAGAUCGACCAUGACAUGACUAUUGGAACACUUAUGAUCAAGCAAACGAGAUGCAUCGAUGAUGUGGCAAACUGGUUCGGGCAAGAAACUCUGAGAUGGUAA